CGUACAUCCGACCGCAUUCCCCAACAUGCCUCCUCGGACCGCUGGCCCAUCAGUAUCUGACCCACGGAGGCACAUCAAGGUUCUCCCCGAGCGCGUGGCCGAUGUCUCCAGCACGGAUUUCCCUGGCCACUACCCCGGCAAGGAGGAGGAGCACAGCUGGGACUUGGCUCGCUUCAAGAAGAACCUUCAAGUGAAAGUGACUCGUCUAUCGCAACGCUCAGUCGAGUUCGACCUUGUCGGAGUUGACGCUUCGAUAGCGAACGCUAUCCGUCGCAUUCUAAUCGCGGAGGUACCUACCAUCGCGAUAGAGCACGUUUACGUGUGGAAUAACACCUCGGUCAUCGUCGACGAAGUUCUGUCUCAUCGCCUUGGCCUUGUGCCUCUGAAUGUAGAUCCGGCCCUCUUGGACGAACGAGAUCCUCCGCCGGAUGACCAGGCCACGGACCGCAACACCAUUGUGUUCCGCCUUCACGUCGCAUGUGAACGAAAGAAGAAGGAUUCAAAAGCAAAGGGCAAGGGCAAAGAGCCGCAGCCCGUUGAAGAGCAGCAUCCUGACGAGCUAUACGUGAACCACGAGGUCCUUUCAGGCCAACUAGAGUGGGUUCCGCAAGGCGAUCAGGCUUCGUAUGAACCCUUCAUAAAAAAGCGUCCUGCUCCGACCAACCCAGAUAUAGUGCUCGCCAAGCUGCGGCCAGGCCAAGAAAUUGAGAUGGAGUUGCACGCGGUCAAAAGCGUCGGAAAAGAUCACGCAAAGUUUUGCCCCGUCGCGACGGCAUCAUAUCGUCUCCUCCCUCACAUCAUUCUCAACCCUGACAAGCCUGUACCUCCCGAAUACGCGGAAAAGUUCCAAAAAUGUUUUGCUCCCGGCGUCAUCAAAGUGGAUCCGAAGACGAAGGCUGUUUCUGUUGACCAGAAGAACGUCAGGAAAGAGACCAUGAGUCGAGAAGUGUUUCGCCAUCCCGAGUUCGAAGGCUGCGUGGAUCUCAGGAGAGUGCGGGAUUACUUUCUAUUUAACAUCGAGUCCGAAGGUGCCUAUGAGCCGCAACGGCUGAUGCACGAAGCUGUCAGUGUCAUGCGCUCCAAGAUUGCUACAAUUCGCCGCGCCGCGGAAGCGAUAAGGAAUGGCGCAUCGGGCUACGAGGAUGUAGUCAUGGGCGAUGCCUAGCGUAGGGUAUUAUAUUGUCUAUUUAGGCAGUCGGUUCUGUAUUUGAGCAUGUUCAAAUCCUCAUAUCAAGC